AUGCAGGAAAAAAAAGCAACAGUUGUCCUCUGUUCCGCCCACUUUAAAUGCGGACCUGCGCUUCUGAAUCAAUUCCAGCAUCCAAAAAGUUGCGUGCCUGGAUUUAAAGUUUUCGUUUCCUGUUUCCUCCAACAGCCUGAACGACGCGCUUUUGAGGAAUUGGAGACCAUAACCCUACAACCAAUUGGCAAGGGAGUGCAGGAUCUCGACUCUCGUAUGGGUUCCACGACAACACUAUCUCAACCAGCCAGACCUACGGCCUCCUCGAUGAUGGAAGAUCUCAACCGAGUCGACAAUGUCUAUCCCAGUCAACGGCCGCGUGCGGUGAAGAAUAUGACGAAUUUAGGAAAACAGGCCUCGGCAGUUGACAUCUCUCGACAAAACCACUCCGGAUCUACCUCCUUUUUGGCACCACGACGGGUCUCCGGAGGGGCUUUAAGUGACUUUGGCGGCUUCAGAGGCCGUGACAGUGGGCAGACACUACGCGCCUCCAAUACAGUCAUCCAACAGAAGGACGCACAUCAAACGGUCUGGGCUCAGAAGUCGCCGGCAACACCACUUACGGGGUCGCCUACAACACUGAUGCAGGUUCAGGAAACAGCACCGACUUGGUAUCGGCUGAAGAUUUCCCGACAGGAGGCCAUCGCCCUCCUGCGACACCAACCGCCAGGAAGCUUUCUCGUGCGCGACAGCACCACCUACAAGGACGCCUACGGAUUGGCUGUCCGAGUGGCCAAAUCACAGAGUCACACCAACCAGAAGUCAGGUGAGCCAAGUAAAAUAACGAGAUGCCUCACAGAGUUAGCACAGCAUUUUUUAAAAUUUGGACAUCUUAGCGCCUAUCUGGUUGAUGCUUCAUUUAAUAUUAGGUUAAGGAUGACUUGUAUGGCCGCUUAA